AUGGGUAUUAAGGGGCUAUCAAAACUAUUACAGAGGUACGCCCCGAACUCUAUGAAGGACGGUAAGAUCGAUCAGUACUUUGGAAGAGUCGUGGCUAUUGAUGCGAGUAUAUUGGUAUAUCAGUUCAUAUCCGCAGUGAGAGACCAAGAGGGUUCAACACUUGUUAAUGAGUAUGGGGAGACCACCAGUCACAUUAUCGGUACGUUUUAUAGAACGAUUAAACUGAUGACAAGCGGAGUUAAACCGAUCUACGUCUUCGAUGGGAAGCCACCCGAGAUGAAAACUGAGGAGCUCAAAAAGAGACAGACCAACGCUAAAGAAGCGAUUGAAAAGCUUGAAAAGGCGAAAGAGUCUGGAGACAAAGAAGAGAUUAAAAAGCAAAUGAAGAGAACUGCAAGAAUGACAAAGGAACAGUCGGACGAUGUUAAGAAGUUGGUUGAACUGAUGGGUAUUCCAGCGAUUGAGGCAAACUGCGAAGCCGAAGGGACAUGCGCCGAACUGGUAAAGAGUGGGAAAUGCUUUGCGACAGCAACUGAAGAUAUGGACGCUUUGACGUUGGGUUCUGAUAUUGUACUGCGUAAGUUCAGUGCGAGCGACAACAAAAAAGAGCCGAUCAGGGAGUACUCGUUGAAGUCCAUUUUGGAAGAAACUGGAUUUACUAUGGACAUGUUUAUCGAUUUGUGCAUUUUACUUGGGUGUGAUUAUUGCGAGACAAUCAAGGGCAUUGGUCCCGUGACUGCGUUUGAAAUGAUCAAGGAGUACAAGACUAUCGAGAAUCUUUUGAAGCAUUUGGAUAAGGGGAAAUACAUAGUCCCCGACGGAUGGAAGUACAAAGAAGCGAGAAAUUUGUUUUUGCACCCCGAUGUGACAAAGGCAGACAACAUCACAUUGGAGUGGAAAAAGCCAAAUGAGGAAGAACUGCUCAAAUACCUUGUGACAGAGAAGCAUUUCAAUGAAGAGCGAGUGAAGAGUGGGAUUCAGAAGAUGAAAGAGAUCAAAAGCAAGGGCACACAAGGGCGGCUGGACUCUUUUUUCAAGGUCAAAAAAGCGCCUCUCGAGAAGAGUUCUGCUUCUAAAGGGGUGAAGCGACCUGGACCAAAAGCAAAAGGAGGUAAGAAGAAGUAA